GACGAGGGGGAGGACGAGCUGGAGGACGAGGGGGGGGACGAGCUGGAGGACGAGGGGGAAUGCACGGCUCCUUCUAGCCGACAUUCCCUCUGCUUCUGGCUCAGUGGCUUCACAGUCUAUGGACGAGGAGGAGGACACUAGGGAGGAGGAGGAGGACACUAGGGAGGAGGAGGAGGAGUCUAGGGACGAGGAGGCUUCGACGGAGAUGGCUCCGAAGAAGUUGCGGAUUCGUGGGGAAGCGCAGGUUCCCGAUGAGAGUAAGGAACCUGCUACGGAGGAUGAGAAGUGGCUCCUUGUCCCAGGAAAGAUAGAGAAUUUCACAUACACGGGGAAGAAUGUCCGCGUGCCAGGGAGUCUGAUUGGAGCUGCUAUUAGGAAGUGCGGCCGGGGGAUUUGA